AUGGAAGAAAAUAUGCCAAUUGAACCAGUCGAAUACCUAGAAACCGAUAACGAGGAAGAAGUCUGGAUACUAGAUAAAGUUCGUGAAAUAUUCAUCGAAGGAAACAAUCGAUGGGAGUAUGAUGAUUACAUCGAACUUCAAAUUAGUAAUUGGCUUUCCGACAAAAAUAUAACUCCCCAAAUUAUAUUCAGCUUAGCUGAAAAACGACAAGAUCAAAGUAAAUACUGGACAUUGUUGGCAUUCUUUAACGUGUGUGGUUUCGGAACACGACAUAACAACGCCAAAGCAUUUGAAUGGUACAAAAAAGCUGCCGAAAUCGGCGACACAUUAGGCCAACAGGAAGUUGGCAUCUUUUAUCAGCAAGGAAUUGGCACCGAUCAGAAUCUCGACGAAGCGAUCAAAUGGUUCUCGAAAGCUGCAGAUGCUGGAAUGGCGAUUGCCGCAUAUCAUCUCGCUCGUAAAUAUUUGCGAGGGGAGGGUGUCGAGAUGGAUGUAGGGCGCGCUGUGUACUUUAAUAAAAAGUCCGCCGAGGCUGGAUUUGGUGAAGCUUAUGCGGCUAUCGGGUGGAUGCAUUUUUUUGGGGACGGUGUUCCUCAGAACCAACGUACCGCACUAACUUGGUUCCAGAUGCUGGAGGAAACGGGUUCAAUAAGUGGUACGACGACUGUGGCGAUUUUCCAUUAUAGUGGAUUUGGUACGAAUAGUGAUAAACAUGAGGCCAUAAAGGUUUAUUUACGGUUAAUGAGAUCUGGAUCCUUUAAUUAUAGUGAGCUGAGGCAUAAGCUUGAAGAAAUUUUUGACAAGAAUCAAACCUUUAGAUUUUAA